GUCAUUCAUUUAAAGGAGGAGUUUCUACCAAUUCUGGGUGGACAUACCUUGAGAUUUCUGGCACAGAGUUCGAGUUCUUAGAACGAGAAGAAGAUAUAACGGUCCGUCUUCUUAGAAUCUCGGGCACAUUGGUAUAUUGCAGACUUAAUUUAUUUAUCUAAAAUAGCGGACCUGAACAGUCGAUCGUCAUGACUGUCGUUGGCUGCAACAAGUGUGUCAAAUUCAUGCUCUUUUUCUUUAAUUUCGUUUUCUGGUUGGCUGGAGGUGUGAUCUUGGGAGUGGCUCUAUGGCUUCGUCAUGACAACCAGACCAGCAGUCUCCUCAUGCAGCAGUUUGAAGGCCAGCAGGCUCCAAACACCUUCUAUACCAGCGUGUACAUCCUGAUUGCUGUGGGAGCUGUGAUGAUGAUUGUAGGGUUCCUUGGUUGCUAUGGUGCCAUCCAGGAAUCUCAGUGCCUCCUUGGAACGUUCUUCUUCCUGUUGGUGUGCCUCUUCGCCUGUGAGGUGGCUGCUGGGAUCUGGGGAUUUAGUAACCGUGAGACAAUCUCCAAGGAGAUGAUAAACUUCUAUGACGCGGCGUACAUCAAGUCAGUGGACGUUGUAGACUCUUCCAGCAAAACAGCUGCUAUCAAAGUCCUGGAGGUGUUCCACGAGACGCUGGACUGCUGUGGUAAAGGAGACGACUCCCCCUUAUUCAAACAAGUAGCCGGAGCUCUGUGUCCCAAGAAGACCCAGGACGAUGCCUUGUUGAAACCUCAGAGCUGUCAUCUGAAGCUGAAGGACCUCUUCUCCGAGAAGCUCUGCCUGAUUGGUCUAGCUGCCCUGGUUGUCGCUGUCAUCAUGAUCUUUGAGAUGAUAUUCACCAUGGUUCUCUGCUGUGCGAUCCGCAACGCCACCCCAGUGUACUAGAACCACAGAACCGUAAUUUAACCACAGAACCAUAGAACGACGGAACCAUGGAAUCAUAGAACCACAGAACCAUAUUGGAGGGGAAAGUCCUCUACAGAUCAAAGCCAACAAAGGGGAUGCAAAUGUUAUGUUAUGUUUUGUUUAGUUCCUGUUAUGUUUUGUGUUGUACUUCCUGUUUUGUGAUGUAGUUCCUGUUUUGUGUUGUAGUUCCUGUUAUGUUUUGUGUUGUACUUCCUUUUUUGUGUUGUAGUUCCUGUUAUGUUUUGUGUUGUAGUUCCUGUUAUGUUUUGUGUUGUAGUUCCUUUUUUGUGUUGUAGUUAUGCUUUGUGUUGUAGUUCCUGUUUUGUGUUGUAGUUAUUUUUUGUGUUUUAGUCCCUGUUAUGUUUUGUGUUGUAGUUCCUGUUAUGUUUUGUGUUGUAGUUCCUGUUUUGUGUUGUAGUUCCUGUUUUGUGUUGUAGUUCCUGUUUUGUGUUGUAGUUCCCGUUUUGUGUUGUAGUUCCCGUUUUGUGUUGUAGUUCCCGUUUUGUGUUGUAGUUCCCGUUUUGUGUUGUAGUUCCCGUUUUGUGUUGUAGUUCCCGUUUUGUGUUGUAGUUCCCGUUUUGUGUUGUAGUUCCUGUUAUGUUUUGUGUUGUAGUUCCCGUUUUGUGUUGUAGUUCCCGUUUUGUGUUGUAGUUCCCGUUUUGUGUUGUAGUUCCCGUUUUGUGUUGUAGUUCCCGUUUUGUGUUGUAGUUCCUGUUAUGUUUUGUGUUGUAGUUCCUGUUUUGUGUUGUAGUUCCCGUUUUGUGUUGUAGUUCCCGUUUUGUGUUGUAGUUCCCGUUUUGUGUUGUAGUUCCCGUUUUGUGUUGUAGUUCCCGUUUUGUGUUGUAGUUCCCGUUUUGUGUUGUAGUUCCCGUUUUGUGUUGUAGUUCCCGUUUUGUGUUGUAGUUCCCGUUUUGUGUUGUAGUUCCCGUUUUGUGUUGUAGUUCCCGUUUUGUGUUGUAGUUCUUGUUCAUUCUUAUUAUAUUGCAGGAUCAUGUACAUUUUAUAUGUAGAGACUAGAUCUUACUACUGUAUUUUUGAAUAGAGACUAGAUCUUACUACUGUAUUUUUGAAUAGAGACUAGAUCUUACUACUGUAUUUUUGUUAAUUAUGUUUGAACAAAACUUCUAAUGUAGCAGUUUGAGUCUUUUGAUGACCGUUGAUUAAAUGCCAGGCUUUGACCAGCGGACAUUCAGCAUCUCUCUAAUGCUAAAUCUUUUACUAAUUGAUUUAUUUUUUUGAGUCACUUUGUAUCUUUUCCUGAAGGACUUCUCCAAGGUCGCAGAGUUCAGUGCUCUUUUUUAUGGUUGUAUAAUCAUAUUCAUUGAAAAUGCGGCCAAAAUGGUACCUUAUUCCCUUUAUAGUGCACUACUUUUCCCAGGGUUCAUAGGGCUCUAGUGAAAAGUAGCGCACUAUAUAGAGAAUAGGGGGCUACUUGGGACGCACCCCGGAUUUCAUUAGUGGUUAGGCAACGCUUGAAGUGGAAUAAAAAAGGUGCACACACA